UUCCACUACAACACAACACAAUGGAAGCAUUGCCAGCCUCAUCACAUUCAAGUACACCCACAUCAUUAAAAUUAUCUACCUUGUCAACCGUCAAGCUCCAUCCACCAACAACAGAAGAAGCACCUCCAACAUCAUAA